CGCAGCGUUGACUUUGCACGUAACACGUUUGCAGCGAUAAGCUCUACCAGGAAGAUGUGGAGUUCAACUGGAGAGUGGAGUUUGACAGGUUACUUGGCUACUCCAUAUGGCAGCAGACGCGGUGAAAUGUGCGUAUCUGUGGCUGCUGUUGUGGCUCUGUGUCGGGGCGUCCGAGACCGAAAGUACCCGACAUUCUACAAACGAUGACGUCCUCCGACCAUAUACCCACGGACACGGCCCUUCCCACUCCCACCGCUACGUUAGAGAUUGUCAGCCCGCCAUUUAUGGCAACAGCACCCAUGAGAGUCUGCUGUCCAGCCGUGACGAUGAACAGCCAGUUGCUGAGUCCAAGGUGUUUGUCACAGAUGUGCAGGAUGGCAAUGGAGGGACCAGAUGGGUUUAUGGUCACAUGACUGUGGUUCAUGACCCACUGAGGACGGUGUCUGUGCUGGAACCAGGAGGGCCAGAUGGCUGCAGGAUGAAUCGUAAAGUGUCUGUGGAGGAAACAGCUGAGUCUGCUGGGUGUCUCUACGCCCAAAAUGCUGGCUUCUUCAACACAAACUCAGGCGAGUGUCUGGGAAACGUGGUUAGCGAUGGCAGGCUGGUUCGAGACAGUGGCGGGGUGCAAAAUGCACAGUUUGGAAUCAGGAAGGACGGCACUCUAGUGUUUGGGUAUCUGUCACAGGAAGACGUUUUAGACCAGUCCAACCCAUUUGUCCAGUUGGUCAGUGGUGUCAUAUGGCUGCUGAGGAACUGUGAGACAUACAUAAACUUCAGUCUGGAGGCCGAGUACAACAAGACCCAGGAGACGGGAUCAUUGCAGUAUUUUGCAAACGUGGUGUCAGCCAGAACUGCAGUGGGACACGAUGCAGAUGGAAAUCUGAUCUUGUUCCAAAUUGAUGGACAAACGGGAAUAAGAGGUAUGAAUCUUUGGGAGUUGGCGGAGUUUCUGAAAAAGAACAGAUUGGUCAAUGCCAUUAAUUUGGAUGGAGGCGGGUCUUCCACAUUCGUGGUUAAUGGCUCAUUGGCCAGCUACCCAUCUGAUCACUGCAAAUCAGACAGCAAGUGGCGCUGUAGCCGAGAAGUCUCUACUGUUCUCUGUGUUCAUAAGCGACGAUGCCAGCCAUCAAACUGCAGCGGGCACGGCCAAUGUGUGAACGGAAAGUGUCUGUGUCAGAAGGGCUGGCGGGGGGUCGCCUGUGACUCUCUUUUCUGUCAACCCCCCGCCUGCGGAUCUCAUGGUGUCUGCUCUGAGGAUGGAUGUAUAUGUGAUGCUGGAUGGAGGGGGAAGAACUGCAGUCAAGAGUGCCUCCCUGGUUACUAUGGCGACGGCUGCAACCAAACAUGCUCCUGCGCUAACGGCGGUUCCUGUGACCCUGUCCACGGGCGUUGCACCUGCCCUCCUGGUUUCCAUGGUGAAACGUGCAAACAAGUGUGUCCUCUGGGUUGGUUCGGUCUGUCCUGCGCUCAGGAGUGCCAAUGUGACGACUCGUGUCCGUGUGACCCGCAGACAGGAAGCUGUAACACCACUUUGGGAGGAGAGACCAAUUACACCUUACAAACGGCUGGACACUGUCUGGCCAGACAAAUAUUUACAUCCUGGAGACGAGAGGAAGAGGCUAACAGAGAGACACUUUAUUUGACUGAGCGAUCGUGGCUGAUCAUCGCUGUAGUCCUGGCUGCGCUUCUGAUUUUUAGCCUGAUCGUUCACGUCGUUCAGUUGUGUCGCAGCUCAGGAGCGUCCCGCUUCUCUCGGCGUCAGGAUUAUUCCUACAUACCUUUGGGCAACAUCAACGGAGCCGAUUCACGUGCCGGAGAUGCUGAAAUAUCUGUGAGGGAGAGUUUUGGACUGGAAGAUUCUGACUCUCAGGAAGAAGUUUGGUCCCCACCUCGAUCAGGGAAGUUAUAGCUGCGAGGAAGACCUAAAGAGGGAGAACACCGUUUUUGCACAAAGGCACACACCGA